UUUGUCUGGUGCUUUUUUCAGGCAGUCUGGGUGAGAAAGGGUCGUUGCAAAUGGAGGAAGAGGGGAUGGGAGAUGAAGGACCUUCGUCCCAGAGUGAACUUCAUCAAAGUGAAGAUCAAGAGUUGGCACAUCAAGAACCACUGCCUGAGGGCUCAUCCCCUGUAGAGAAUGUGUUUGUAGAUAAGAAAGCAGUGGACAAACUCACAGAGGGAUUACUCUCUCACUAUCUACCUGAUCUACAGAACUCUAAACGAGCCCUACAAGAGCUCACACAAAAUCAGCUGGUAUUAUUAGACACUCUGGACCAAGAAGUCACAAAGUUUCGAGAAUGUAACGGCUUACUGGACCUCAAUUCACUGUUUACAGAGGCGAAGGUUUACCACAAUAAACUGGUGAACAUAAGGAAAGAGAUGAUAAUGCUCCACGAAAAGACAACUAAACUAAAGAAAAGAUCUCUGAAGCUGCAGCAGCAGAAGCAGAAGGAGGCGCUGGAGAAGGAGCAGCAACGUGAGAAGGAGCUUGAGAGAGAGAGGCAGCUGAUCGCCAAACCUGCUAAAAGAACGUAGGACCCCCCAAGUAUGUCUGCUGUAUUAAUGGACCGUACAGGUGUUUUUGUACGUUUAUAGCCAAUUCACUAGAUAUCCACUAUAUGUUACAUUACUGCUGACCAUUUUCCAAAGUGCAUGUGAUUUCAAUGAUCAUUUCAGGCGAGAACCAGAAAGACAAGGUGAGGGAAGAGAAAUAAGAUUUCCAAACAGGGGGAGAUUUGCUUCAUGAUAAAGCAGUUGACAGUGCUAAUUGAUUUGGCAAAUGAACAGUUUAAACUUAGAUAUAGAUAAUAGACAUGACUUAAAAACGGUUUGUUGCCUAUCUGGAGAAUCCUUUUUUUCCGAGCAUGUUUUUCACAUAAGGUUUUAUUUUAAAAUCACAAUGUCCAAGUUUGCAGCAUGUUUGCAACGGAAAUCCUUUUAGUUUUAGGGUGAAUGUUCUGAAGUCAAACACACUUCAAAUAGAAAUUAAAUUAGGUGUCUGGAACAACUAAGAUUAUCUUCAAUCUUUAUUUGUUUAAAUUGUUUCCAAAAGUAUUAGAGACUGUUGUCACUUUUCUGCUUUUGUUUACAGAACAUGCCUUGUAGAUGUAGUCAUCUGGUAGCUUGAGUCCUUUUGUGUCUUCACUUGUGUGAUGACACGUGUAUCUGUUCACCUACGCUGCAGUAGGAAAGGUCUGUAUGGGAACAAAUCAUUUCAAAAUCUGUUUAAAAAUCUCUCAAACUGUAAUACGCUUUGGAAAAUGGUUGGCUUAAUGGAGAAUGUGGGAUCUUCAGUUAAUGGAAUAAAACUUGCAAAAACUCUUUUAUGACCCUUAAAUCUGCCAUUGCCAAGAUCACCACAAACCAAAGACAUGGACUAAAUCAUCAAAUGCUGGUUACAUCCCACUAUCAACCUGUGAUGACAAACUCUAGCCCUUCCUUGACAGCAGAAGGAAAUCCUCAAAGACACUUUUACAGUCGUCAGACAAUGACCCGAAGGAGAACUGGGUGCUGUAUUUUCUUUAACAUUAAGUGUUAAUAUAUGUUGUUGCUGCCCUGUUAGUGUUGAAUGCUAUAGAGCAGGAAUGUUGUUUAAGCUUAACUGACCGUUUGUCUGGGGUUCGGAUACAUUCAGAAUGGAUUACAGUAAGUGACAAACUUGACCCCCACCAAACACAGCAUUUAAAUAUUUGUUGAAGAAAUAUUUUAAGAGGCCUCUAUGCACUACUUACACCUGAACCCCCCUGUGCUGUUUGUACUGUUAAUAAUAAAAGCAAAGCAAACUGGUUU